AUGUCAGUGAUUCUUUGGGUGUUAGCGGUCAUAUUUUUGUUUGUAGUGUUAAUCCGAGUGACUCGAAAAACACAGGACAUGCAUGUAGCUUUGAUUGUAUUAGGUGACAUAGGACGAUCACCACGUAUGGAGUUCCACGCGAUUGAGCUUUCACGGACCAGUCCAGUUUCUGUCAUAUGUUAUAGAGAAACGGAACCCAUCGCAGAUAUCGUUCAAAACAAAAAUAUAACACUCUAUAGUUUAUCAGUGUUGCCCCCUCUCAAGAACUUUCCUUUGAGAACAGUAGUCUGGCUCACGUGUUAUGCUCCAGUGAAGUUUAUUUUCUUAGCUUUCCAACUCUUCUAUCAUCUGCUGUUCAAGAUGCCAGCGUGCAGUCAUAUUCUCAUUCAAAAUCCGCCAUCACUUCCAUCGUUCUUCAUUGCCGCUAUAGUAAAAUUUUUGACUGGCUGCAAAGUUAUAGUCGAUUGGCAUAACACUGCGUAUUCUAUAGUGAUGAAUGUCCAUAACAUGAAAGAAUCAAAUUUUGUUAUUCAAGCCCUGAAAUGGUAUGAAUUAUUUCUACCGAGGUAUUUUGAUUAUCACUUUACUGUCACAGAGGCAAUGAAAAUGUUUUUAAUAGAACACAAAAUACACCAAGAAUUAAUCACUGUGUUAUACGAUAAACCUUUUGUUUCUUUAACACAAACGGAAACUAGUCGGUAUAACAUUUUUAAGCAAAUCGAACAUUUGUUACCACAAAACGCAAAAGCUAUUUUGGAACUAUUCAGAAACAAGACGGAAAAAGUGAUCAUAGGAGUUUCGUCGACAAGUUGGACACCUGACGAGGACUUUUCCGUCUUAUUUGACGCGUUACUCAAGUACGAAAAAAUUGAAGAAAAAUUGAAUGAAAAAGUCCCAAAACUGCUAAUCUUUAUUACUGGACGUGGACCACUCAAAGAAUUCUAUGAAAAGAAAAUUGCAGAGGAAAACAUGCAAAGGGUGUGUGUUGUACCAAUUUGGUUGACUCAUGAGGACUAUCCCAAAGUCCUCAGUUCUUGUGACUUUGGCAUUUCAUUACACCAAAGCUCUUCUCAGCUUGAUUUGCCUAUGAAAGUGUUAGACAUGUAUGGAUGUGGUCUUCCUGUCUUUGCUCGAGGAUAUCCGGCACUUAAGACGGAACUUGUGGUUGAAGGUAAAUUUGGUUAUUGUUUCGAUGAUGCCCAACAACUUGAAAUUUUGUUUGAGAAGAAUAUUAUUAACGAACAAGGGAGACAAGUCUUUCUUGGUACAAUGAAGAAGAAUGUCAGUGAGCAAAAUAACAUCACUUGGAGUCAGAAUUGGAGAGAUGUCGUUGAACCGUAUUUUAGAGGAGAAAAACAGGAGAGAGUUAAGAAAGACUAA